UUGGAUAGUUGCAAUUGAUUCCGUUUAUCUUGGUGCAUCGUUUAUGUCAACUUGAUGAUAGAAGUUACUUAUGAUUGUUUGAUUGAGAAACAACGACAAGAAAUUCUGUUACUAGAGUAACAGAUAUCCAAUGGAGGGAAUAAGAAAAAGUCAAAUAAAACUGGCCCACGAUCUGGUUCUCGGUCUGUCAAGAAACUUGGUUGACCCAAAUUAGUACUGUCAAUUCUGUCCAACAACAACAACAAUCUUUCAUUCAUGAGAAAGUCAAACUAGAAGAGGAAGAUCAUUCGUCUGGUAUAACAUUGACACCAACUCAUCAUCUUCCAAACUCAAACUUUACUAACACUCAAUACCAAUCACCAGAACCACAAUGAACAAUACUAACAAAUUGAAUUCAGGGACUCAACAUCAAAAGUCAAUUACAAAUCACUAUUAUUCGCAAGCAAUUAAAGGAAUUGAACGAUAACUUCAAUUCAGCUGAUCUUCCGUUGCUGAGCAACCAACAGGUAAUCCAAAUUUCGUUACCCAAACACUUUUGUUACUUUUAAAUUAAGAAAUUUAAUUUUUUGAUCAACCCAAAUUAUGUAAUUCCAAGUACCUGUUCCUGUUUUGCUUUGGUGUUUUUUGAAUAUGUGGCAAAAGUGUUACCCAAAUGAAGAGGAAACAAACGAUAACCCUGAAAAUGUGAACUUUGUGGAGAACCAAAUUUCUAAUCAAUUUCAUAAUUGUAAUGGUGAUAAUUUUUUAACCCCAUCAAUUAAAAUGGAUUUUAACUCUAACAAUUUAGGAAAUGAUAAAAAUGGACCAACAUGUGAUAACCUUUAUAACAAUUUGAUAGCCUCUGGUUUGGGUUGUGCAUCUAGUCAAAAACAUCAUUCAUCACAUAGGAAACAAGUUAACCACAAAAAUCACAAUCACUUUAAUAAUUUACUUACUCACUUACCUGAUUUCCAAUCAACUGAUUCAAAGUGUUUCCAACCAACUGAUGAUUUCCAUGGAAUCAAUAAAUUAUUAAUCACUUUCAAUUGCAAUGAACAGAAAGUUAAUCAGCGAAAAGAAAUGAUCAAAGAUGAAACCCACUCCCAUGGAAGAGAAGUUAAUGUAAAAUAUUCCAAGCCAAGUGGUAAAUCUUUUUAUAAUUCAACAACAACAACAAAAUCUCUAAUGGAAUCAAUCAAUUGGAGAAUCAUUUUUUUUCUUCUUUCCUUAAUUGUAAACUCCAUAAGCUGUGAUCGUGAUAUUUUAACAUAUACUGACCAAUUUGUGCUUCACUUUGAUGGGUCACCUGAAGCUGCAAAGGAAAUCGCUUCCAAACAUGGUUUCGUUUAUCUGGACCAGAUUUUUGAUAAUCAUUAUCACCUGAAACACACAAUUAGGAGAAGACGCUCAAUUAAACCAAGUCAUAAUUUUAGUGAAAUUUCCGCCGAACCAAAUGUUAACUUUUUACUUCAUUUACCUGUGCUUUCAAGAACUAAACGUGAUCUUAUUAAAACAACCAAUAUACGUUCCACCGAGACAAUCAAUAAAUUCAACGAUCCAAAUUGGUUACAAAUGUGGUACUUAAAUAGAGAUAAUGGUCUUGACAUGAACGUGAUUAAAGUUUGGGAUCAAAAUAUAACUGGUCGUGGUGUUGUGGUUAGUAUUUUAGACGAUGGACUUGAAGGUGAUCAUCCUGAUUUGAGUGAAAAUUAUGAUCCAAAAGCAAGUUAUGAUGUUAACAAUUCUGAUGAUGAUCCAACUCCUCGUUAUGAUAUAAUUGAUUCUAAUCGUCACGGGACUCGGUGUGCUGGUGAAGUAGCUGCAAUGGCUAAUAAUAAUAACUGUGCCGUUGGUGUUGCCUAUCAUGCUAAAGUGGGUGGUGUUAGGAUGUUGGACGGAGAUGUGACCGAUGCAGUUGAAGCCCGUUCGAUUGGAUUUGCAACCGAUCAUAUUGAUAUAUACUCUGCAUCAUGGGGACCAGAUGACGAUGGUAAAACUGUAGAUGGACCUGGUGAUUUAGCGGCUCGUGCAUUUGUUGACGGGGUUACCAAAGGUCGUAAUGGUCUAGGGUCUAUCUAUAUUUGGGCUUCUGGGAAUGGGGGUCGAGAGCAUGAUAACUGUAAUUGCGAUGGUUAUACUAAUUCAAUAUGGACACUUUCUGUUUCCAGUGCAACAGAAAAUGGUCAAGUUCCCUGGUAUAGUGAAGCUUGUUCAUCAACUCUUGCAACUACCUACAGUAGUGGCUCAAUUGGUGAGAAACAAAUUGUAACCACCGAUUUGCAUCAUAGUUGUACCAUUAGUCACACUGGUACAUCAGCAUCCGCUCCGCUGGCCGCUGCAAUUGCUGCACUCGCUCUUGAAGCAAAUCGUAACCUCACUUGGCGGGAUAUGCAGCACAUUGUUGCUAUGACAUCUCGACCCACAAACUUACGUGCCAGUGAUUGGAAAACUAAUGGUGUUGGUCGCAAAGUCAGUCAUUCCUUUGGCUAUGGAUUAAUGGAUGCAGCAGCAAUGGUUGACCUGGCCAAAGUUUGGGUCACCGUACCUGAUCAAAAAAUCUGUGAAAUUGCUUCCAAUCUCACCGACAAACUGAUUCCCUCAAAAAGCUACGUUGAAAUGUCUCUAAACGUUAACUGUCCUGAGGUUUUGUUUCUCGAACAUGUACAAUCAAGGAUUAACCUUUCAUCUACUCGUCGAGGUGACAUUCAUAUCUAUUUAACGUCCCCUGCGGGAACACGAUCUACUUUACUUGAGCAAAGACCUAUGGACAAUUCACAUUCCGGAUUCCAAGAUUGGCCCUUCAUGACUGUUCACUCGUGGGGUGAAAAUCCUAACGGUAUUUGGAAACUUGAAGUUCAUAAUGACGGCAAAUAUCCUUACAAUCGAGCAUUUUUAAAAGGAUGGACUAUGGUGCUUCAUGGUACAAAAAUUAAUCCAGAUCGUCGGAAACGGGAAACCCAACCAACAAAUAGUUCUAUUCCAACUAAUUCAUCAACGCCAAUUGUUGCUACUCAAUUAAACAUUAUUUUGAAUGGAACAAGAAAAACAAUCAAUCAACCUUUAAAUGUCAAUGGACUAGAAUCAUCAGUUGAUGAUAAUUCAAUCACCAAUUUACAUGAUGAUUCUAAAGCUGAUAUUUUUAUCUCCCACUGGACACGAGAAAAUGACCGUCCAAAAAUCAAAGCAAAUUCCCAAGAUUCGUAUCCAGGAAAUUCUGGAUGCAGGAAUAAAGGUCACUCUGGGUGUUUAGAUUGUUUUCCAAAUUAUAUUCUAUUCCAAUCUGAUUGUGUCUCUAAUUGUCCAUUCGGCUAUUUUAAAGAAUCAAAAAUCUCACCGAACCAUUCAAAUGAUCAAUCAUUCAUCUGCGCUAAUUGUUAUUAUAGUUGUUUAACUUGUAAUGGUCCCAACGAUAUAAAUUGUACUUCUUGUUAUGGUGAUUCAAUUCUCAACGAACAAGGAAAAUGUGAACAAAAAGAUUUGAGAGAUGAAAUUUAUUCACUGGAAUUAUAUUAUUCUGUUGUCACUGGAAUCAUUGUCUUCCUUUUUAUUAUCACUUUCUCAUUCGCUUGCUAUAUAAUAAUUGAAAGAGUUCCAAAUCUAUUUAAUUGCUGCUGUUGUUCUUGGUUUAACAAGCGAAAACCCACCCGAUUCUAUGAUGGAUUCAUUCCCUCGGAGGAACCAAGAUCUUCAUCUAAUUUUCUUCGUCUUAAAUCAAUUGGAAAAUUGAAAAAUAAUUAUUCGCAUCUAAGUGAAGAUGAGAACGAACGUUAAAUUUACUUAUUUAUUUUUACAGAGAAAUAAUUUUCUAAAUAGUUUUUUCUAAUCAACAAUCUUCAAUCAUCUUCAUGUUAUUCCAAUGUAAUUUCAUCUCAAGACAAUUAUCAUCUUCGAUUGUAAUUUAUCAACUUCAUCAAUCUUCAAACACUUGAAUACCUGAUUAAAUUGUUGGGAUUUGCAAAA